ACAUUCUGACCUGUUUAUGGUUUUUCUGAGUUCUUUGCAACAGAAAAGCUGCUCUAUUUUUCUGGACCCCAAAGAAAGCGAGAAACCUAAGAGCUGGCCUUAUCUAACAAGUGCCUCAAGUCCUAAAAAAGGGUGAGAACCACUGCUCUAGAGAGGAUGAAGUAUUUAGUUUUACAAGAUCAUAUAUUUGGGCGUUUUUGGGGGGUUUUUUUAAGUCUAAUUGCAUUAAAUGUGAAUGAAAUGACUUAUGACUGACUGCUUUGUUGUAAACACAACCCCCUUGAUUUAUGCAUCAACGUUUGGAUAUAAACCCACUCAUUUUAGCAGGCCCAAUUUGAUUAAGUGUAAAACCACAUCUUUUAUUUUUUUUUUCUUUCUGUAGUUGUGUUUGUGGAUUUCCAUCUGGAGUUGCAUCGGCAUGUGAAAUAAAGCAGCACGUUCCCUUUCUGCAUCUGGCCACUUUAUAUUCUCCAUUAGAAGGGGGGGGGGGGUUGUGUGUUUUUUGUUUAACAAGCCUAAAAGGUGGCAGCCCCACAAUAUAGAUCAAUGAUUCUCAACAUUUUUAGAUUGAAGGCACCCUUCAUUAGAUGCAAGGCACUCCUUGGAAGAUACCAGCUCCUGAGCUUUCAUUCUUUUUGACUACAGAAAAAUAAUAAUGCUAUUCUUCUGUUCCGAAGAAAUCCAGUCAGAAUCUUUUAACACUAUGAAUUCCUGUUUGAAAUCUCUUGUUUUAUCUUGUGAAUUAUAUUUGCAGACCUAACAGUGGUCUCAUUUUUUUGGCACCCUGUAGCACCCCUUACAGGAUCCCAAGGCAUACCAGCAUUCUGGCUGAGAAUUACUGAUACAGAUAUUUAGAUUUUAACUUUGCUUUCAGGUUAUUUGAAUUGAAAAUUUCUUUGGCUAAAUGAGCAGUAGCUAUUUGCCAUGUCCCACAAUGAAGUACCAGUUCCGGGGCCAUCCUCUGCAUCAAAACCAGAGGGCAGAAAAACAAAAGGUAUCUCAUCUUUGGUACCUGUCAGUACGGAAAAUGCAGAGCUGAAGGACAAAACAAGGAUGCUCGACUGUUUCAGGCUUCAUUCUACCUCCCUCCAAAGUCACUUCAUCCCUGAAGAGAUCUUCCGUAUGCUGACCUCUGCUUCCAGUACUGUCUAUAACCCUGAAUUUUUACAACCUCCCAAAAAAGGCAAAAGUGCAAAAGAGUUUAAGGGUUUCCUAUGCACUCCAGAUGGGCUCUGGCAUCAUCCUAAUCGAAGGAAUAAGUUCAAACACCUGACAGACAAUCCUAUCUGCCUGACAGGAGCUGGGAGGGAUGUUUCCUUUCUAUAUGACAUUGCACUUGGAAAAGAAGAUGAGAGAGAGAGGUCCCUGGCAGGCUUUUUCUCUGAGAAGGGUAAUAAACGAACACAAAAUAAUGGCUCGCCCAUCGCUCCUACUCAGCCAAACAUAGCAGACAGCCUGGUCCCUGAAGAAUUUCACAUUGUGAAGAACAGAGGAGUCAUACCUUUGGAGUAUUUUGACGAUAAAUACACAACUCUGCUUGAAGAUUGUGAAAAUAGGCUGAGGCUGUUCCCAUCCAUGAAACCAUCUGGGCGACUUGAGGUCAUUCAGCUGAUGAAGGUGAUGGAUAGCAUGCUAGAAAAGGCUGGAGUAAAUGAUGAAACAAUUGGGGUAUUGGAGCCUUCCCAGCUGCACAAUGUACUGAAGGUGCUGAAGGCAGAGCAGAACAUUUACAACAUAGUGUUCCAUGAGCUGAUUCGACAGGUCAGCGUGGAUUGUGCAGAAAGAGGAGAACUGCUUUCUAAGCUCAGGCAGAAAUAUGUGAGUCUACUGAAUUGGAUUCCCCAACAGAUGAGGAACCUUUACGAAGAACUGAUGGCACAACGGGUAAUGGACAAACACAUUACAGAAGAGUUGCACAAUUUCAAGGAAUCCAUUGGACGGCUGACCAGUGAGCUGCAGGAGGUCCGAGAACAUGAUCUCAGAGUCACCAGAGAAGCAGAACGGGCACAAGAGGAACUAGCUGCUGCAGUACGGGACUCUGAGCUGAAUGCAAACCUUGUGGAAGAAUAUAGAGAGCUAUAUGAGUUGCAGAGAGUGAGACUUGAGGGCCAGCUGCAGCUGUUAAUUGAAGAGAGAGAAAUCUGGAGCUCAGCUACAUAUGACCUAGCACUGAAAGUGAUAGACAGAAACCAGCUCACACUGGCUCGCAAGCUCUACCUUAGUGAAAAGGCCUGGACCAAAGUUCUCAAACAUUUUGUACUACUCCUGGCUUCAGAGGAUGUGGCAGAUCUUUCCAAUUUGCAGGAAGAGACAUUAGAAUUCAGGGAACUAUUGGGUCACAUUGAUGAAAAAGUGAGACAUGUUGAAGACUCCACUAGGGAGAAACUGAGACUUGUUCAGAAGGGCCUUUUCAAGUGGCUGCAGUACUUCCAGGAAAAUGCUUUUGGGAAAGCAGGUUUCUCUCAGAUGAAGGAAGAUGUAGUAGAGGGAGUGCUACAAGACCUCAAGAACUUUGGAAAUAUGUUGAAUGAGGACCUGGAGCAAUUUGGAGGGGAUGCACUCCUAGCGAGUAAGGAGACUUUCAAGACUGCUGCCAGGCUGCAGAAACAUUGGACAGAGCUGGGACAAGCAAUGCUCUGUCGCCACAAAGAUGUUAAUGGGCUGAUGCCUCCAGAGUUCACUGUCAUGGAAGAAAUAAACAGAAGUGCAACUAAGCUCUGCCAGCAAUAUAAUAUAAGGAUAAAUGGGGAGAAUGGUGUAACUAAGAUUUUGAUGGGGUUGGUGAGCAGUUUGGAAGAUUGGUUGUUCAAGCAGCUAACCUGCAAGCGGGCAUCUGAUAUACGUGAAUCUGAUUGGUUGAAAUUAUAUCAAGUAAUUCCAGAGUGGCUGUCCCAGGUGGAUGCACUGAUGACCGUUAUAGGUUCCAGUCAGUCUCACGAGGAUCAGAAGAAUAAAAAGCCGCAUGUUCCGGUGGCACCAGCAGAUGUAUUUAAGAUGAUUCAACAAUGGAUCUUGUCUGUGACUAAUGAAACUGAGAAGAACAAUGUGUACCUUACUCAGGAAGUGGUUGAACUCCACAAAGCUCUGAUCAUGUGGAUGGUGAAUCUGCUGAGAUUGAUGGUACCUGACUGCUUGUCCAGUGAGUGUCCCCUAAGUGAAGAUGCUGAAGCUGCUGAGAGAGAUCUCAAAGUGUUUAGUACUUGUAAGCUAGAAGAAGAAGCUAUAAACCUGGUUGCCAAGUUUAGCAGAUUCUCCAGUUACAUAAUUAGCUGCUGCAAGGGGACAGUAGAUGCAAUAGUUCAGAAGAAACAGUCUGAAUUGAGUUUAGAAGCUGAUUAUGAGCGACUGCAGUUGGAAAAGAUCAAGACUGAAUGUUUUGACUGGGUUAAUGCAUGUGGGCUCCUUCUUUCUGAAGUCAAAGGCUCUCCAGUCUCCUUACUGAGUUUAGAAGAGCAGACCAAUCUGUUUGGGCCACAGGAAUUCCAGCCACAGACACACCAGGUGAACUAUGUGGAUUCUUCUUUACCUGAUGGAAAAUCUGAGCCUUCUCGUGAACCUAGGAAAGACAAAACUGAACCUGCUGAUACUGAUACGAAACCUGUGAUAGGGAAAGAAAUGUUGGAAGCACAGCCCCAACAGCCUGCACCAGAUGCCAGCAGUGAUGGCCCAACUGUAAGUGGUGAGAUGACUGAGGACACAAUCAGGUAUAUAGGACAUGAUUCUAACAUCCAUUUGAAAUCUCUGAAGUCAGAAGCAGUGUCAGUCACUGGGAGAGAGAUGACUGCCAGCAAGUCAACAACUGCCUGUUCCCAAAAGGAAUUUGAGACUCUUGCUUUCUUGGAACAUCUGCAAGCACAGCUUCUAAAUACAGAGACCCGUGCUCAGAUGGCAGAGGAGAAAUCAGAAAAAUUGGAGGAGCAGCUGGAGGAAGCUCUGGGGAGAAUCCAGGAGUUGGAGAAAGAGCUGGAAAAAUCACACAGAGCCCAGGAAGCAGCAUCAAAACAAAUCCACUUCCAAGGAGAAACCAGUCCAACUUCUCAUACACAGUCUUGCACUGCCCGGUCCAGGAAAGCCAGCAAACACAAAAAAUAAAUAGUAGUAAUGCCUAAGGAA